AUGAACGACUCGCAGUAUGCACCCUUUCGUAGCAUCCAUGAAUUCUUGACCGCGGUGCACAUCUAUGCCGACGAGGCAAAGGCGGGCAAGACGCGAUACGUGGAGGCAACCCACUACUGCGCACACGUCCGCAAAGAUCUAAGGCAAUGCCUCAUCUACGACUCGCACGAGCAAAAUGCCAAGCUUAUCGGCGUCGAGUACAUGGUGCCCAAGGAGGUGUACGAGACGUUCGAUGCAGAGGAGCAGAAGCUGUGGCACUCGCAUGAGUACGAGGUCCAGUCAGGCAUGCUGAUUUGUCCGAAGCCGGACGCCUUCACCGACGAUGAAUGGGAGGCUGCGGAGCUGCAGGCCAUGAAGGAAAUCAUCAAUCUUUACGGCAAGACCUGGCACUUCUGGCAGGUGGAUGCGGAUCAUCAGUAUCCCCUCGGCACCCCAGUGCUCAUGGGCUCGGUGACGUCGGCGGAGCAACUCGAUCUGGGCGCUGCUUGCGUGAGACGCAACGAGGUCUUUGGUGUGGACCAUGUGCGUAAGGCUGAAGCGCGCAAGGCGCUGCAGGCGCUCGGCUCGGGCGACCAUCCUCACGCAAACAGCUGGUGGAAGCAAUAG